AUGUCUCCUCAUUCUCCGACUCACGCUUUCGAUCCUACUCCAGCUCUUGAGUAUGAUCCAGGCAACUUCUCCCCACUGAAUGGCUCAAACCAAAUGGAUGCAUCAGGCGACGGUACCUUUUCCAAGGGUGUGCGUUUCUCUGAUGCUCCUCCCAUACAGAUGCAAGCACGUCAUUCAAUAGCAACGACAAACGUCCCAUUGCUACCAGCUGUUUCAUCUUCGAGUCAAAUACCCAGGCACGGCUUUCACAUGUCGAAUGCUACGUCGGAAGUGGAUAUUACUGCAUACAUGGAACAAUGUCAAUUGAUAAAUAAGCGCUUGAGAGAGUCUCAUGAAAGUGAGCGAAAAGCAUGGGAUAUAGAAAGAACUGCGCUCAAAGCUCGCAUUGGGGAACUGGAACGAAGAAUCAGUAGGAGCAAGGAUCCGAACAGGAGGUCCAGUAACGACUUUUCAGGCACGAGUCUGUACGCGUUUCGGGCGGACUUCAAGCCCUCCACAACCGCCGGUCAUAAUCGCACAAGGUCCAACUCAGAAUCAGACAGAGCACACCCGCCUGUCUGGGCUGGUCCUGAGAAUUAUCCUCCUGCUACAAGGGUCUUCUCGCAUGAAGAGGACGGGGCCCACUUACCCAGCAUUUCGGAAAACGAAGCACUCCCACCACUGUCCAAAGAAAUUUCUCCCACUGCUCAGAUAAAGGUGGAAAAUGUCCCGGUGCCGAUUGAACAGGUUGACAAAACCCUCGAUGGCAUCACCCUCAAAGCUUCGGCUUUGACCUCUAGCUUCGACACAGGUAUAACCAGCCCUCAGUUUGCCUCGCCGGCCCACACGCCAUCACCACAACCCAGGAGGGCUCCAGACGGAUUGUUGCAAGUGGAUGUCAAUACUUUGCUUUCGCCGCUGGAUGAGAAGUUGAAAAGACACGCCGGCCACACACCAAUGAUAUUUGACGGGACCUUGUCUUCAGGCAACACAAGCACCAAUGUUUUGACCCCGAAGCAAGAAAAGCCAAUUGCGCCGGCUCCAACGAAGCGACCCCCACUUCGUCCAUCAGAGAACUCCGAUGGCUAUUUCUCAUUCACGUCAGCGGCCAAAGAUCCCGUUGAUUUGCCCAAAGAGCCCCUUCUGGAGAGCGCUGAGGCGGAAGAGGAACCAGAACAUGAGACCCACGAUGAUCCAGCUCUUCAUGGCCCACUUAUGCUUGAUUCCAAUGCGAAAUCCGAGGCAGCUAACGCCUUCCUCGAAAAGGUGGAUGCCAAGCUUUCCGAAGAAGCAGCUCAUCGGUCGCGGUAUGAUUCGACGGUGUCUGAGGAAGCCCAAGAGGAGAAGUCAACCGAUACCCCUGAGCAUGCUCCUGCUCGAGAGGCGGCUGAUGACGACAUGCCGAAGCUGAAGAUUAAGAACAGCAUGAAUUUCGGUAGCGCUUGGGGUGGAGGAGCGCCUGGCCGCAUAUAA